AAAUAAGAGAGAAUAUGAGCAUUAGGACACUCAUCUCCCUCAUAUUAUAUCAGCAAUUAAGCUGGCUCCAACAGUAAUAACAGAUACCGUUACUUAGAAGUAUCCCGCCGCCUUGGAGAAUUAGAUUUAACACUAUAAUAUAUUAUUACUCUUCCUCUUCAUCUUCCUAUAUAUAUCCACCCCUUGUGUUUUUGAUGAUGAUCAUCACUUGUAUAUAUUCAACCCUUCCUUCUUUUUCACGUCACUUAAUUCUAAUCCUUCUCUCUCUUUUUCUUGCCCUAUAAAUCUCACACAUCUCCUAAAACCUUCUUCAUCACUGUUUAUUCUUCUUCUUCUUCUUUAAAAUAUUUUAAUUAUUUGCAUAAUAAUUCAAGAUGAGCGGCGAUAAUCAUGUUAAUCUCCCACCCGGGUUUCGAUUUUAUCCGACUGAGGAAGAGCUCGUCGUUCAUUUUCUUCAGCGUAAGGCCGCGCUUCUACCUUGUCAUCCCGAUGUCAUCCCUGAUCUUGAUCUUUAUCCUUAUGAUCCAUGGGAACUUGAUGGUAAGGCAUUAGCGGAGGGAAAGCAAUGGUACUACUAUAGCCGUAGGACACAAAAUAGGAUAACUGAAAAUGGAUAUUGGAAGACAAUAGGCAUUGAAGAACCUGUUCUUACCAAUGCCAACAAGAGAGUUGGCAUCAAAAAAUAUUCAGUAUUUUACGUUGGAGAAGAGCCAACACAAUGGAUAAUGGAAGAGUACCGUCUUUCGUCAUCGGAUUCUGCUUCGAGUAGUAGAUCAUCCAAAAGAAGAGGACAGACAAAAUUAGAUCGUAGUAAGUGGGUUAUUUGUAAAGUAUACGAAAGAAAUAGUGAUGAUGAAGAUGAUGGGUCGACAGAACUCUCAUGUUUGGAUGAAGUUUUUUUAUCAUUAGAUGAUCUUGAUGAGAUUAGCUUGCCAAAUUAGAAUCUCUAUUCAAGAUGUAAUGUCGUAGUGAUCCUAUCCAAGUGUAGGGUUGUAAGUUUUUUAUGUGUUUUAAUUUACUUAAUUUAGUCAGCAUCAACUGUAAGUGUAACACAAGUGAAAAGAGCCCGAACGGUUUAAUACCCUUUAGGUCCCAUUAUAAUUGUUAAAAGUCUUUUUAUA